UUCGGCGAGCGCCGCGGCAAACGGUACACGGCACUUGAAUCUCAAGUUAAUCGAACAAAUCAAUCAACCGCACUUGACCUAAGCAAAAACAAAGGAGACUUUGAAAUGUUCCGAUUUGUGGGCGUACUUCAGCCCCUGGGAUUGGGGCUGCUGCUGUUCUUCCUCUGCCUAAUCGUGCAGAGCUCUGCGCUUGGCUUUCGCCGCGGGAGGCUAGUGAAUGGAUUCAUGGGCGAUCCCAGCAAGAUUCCCACACUGCAGCGAUCUUUGGACUCGGAGGAUUUGUGGUUCGAGCAGCGUCUGGAUCAUUUCCAGGCGCGAAACACUAGGACCUGGCAGCAGCGCUACUUUGUGAAUGCCGAUUACUACAGGAAUGACAGCACGGCCCCCAUUUUCCUUAUGAUUGGCGGCGAGGGCGAGGCCUCGGCAAAGUGGAUGCGCGAGGGCGCCUGGGUGCACUACGCCGAGCACUUUGAUGCCCUGUGCAUCCAGCUGGAGCAUCGCUUCUACGGCAAGAGUCACCCGACCAGGGAUUUGUCCACCGCCAAUCUGGCGUUCCUCAGCUCGGAGCAGGCCCUGGCCGAUUUGGCCAACUUUGUGGCUGCCAUGAAGGUGAAGUACAACUUGGCCGAGACCCAGAAAUGGGUUGCCUUUGGCGGUUCCUAUCCGGGCUCGCUUGCGGCUUGGGCGCGGGAGAAGUAUCCCCAUCUCAUCUAUGGUUCGAUCAGCACCAGUGGUCCCCUGCUGGCGGAGGUCGACUUCAGGGAGUACUUUGAGGUGGUAAAGGCCUCUCUGGCUACCUACAAUCCGGACUGUGUGGAGGCGGUGACCCGGAGCUUUACCCAGGUGGAGAUACUGCUAAAGCAUAUGAUCGGACAGCGAAAUCUGGAUGAAAAAUUCAAAACCUGCACACCCAUCAAGGACUCUAUUGAGAACCAAUUGGAUAUUGCCAGUCUCUUUGAGAAUCUGGCUGGAAACUUUGCUGGCGUCGUCCAGUACAACAAGGACAACAGUCCACAUGCCACGAUAACCAUUGAUGAGAUCUGCGAUGUCAUGUUAAACAUGACCAGUGGACCGCCUGUGACUCGACUGGGUGUGGUCAAUGACAUGCUGUUGAAGCAAUCGAAUGCCACAUGUCUCGACUACAAGUACGAUAAGAUGGUUAGCGACAUGCGGAACGCCUCGUGGGACUCGGAGGCAGCCAAGGGAAUGCGUCAGUGGACGUAUCAGACCUGCAACGAGUUCGGUUUCUAUCAGACAUCUGAAAACAAAACGGACACAUUUGGCGACCGGUUUGGCGUGGACUUUUUCAUACGCCAGUGCAUGGAUGUGUUCUCCAACAGCAUGGAUGCCAGGUAUCUGCAGAACGUGGUGUCGCAGACCAACAAGCAUUACGGUGCCCUCAAGCCGGAGACUACCAAUGUGCUGUAUGUACAUGGUUCCAUUGAUCCCUGGCAUGCCCUGGGCCUGGUCAAGUCCUCAAAUGCAGCCACGCCAACCAUUUUCAUAGAAGGAACUGCACACUGUGCCAACAUGUACGAGCCGACGAAAACCGAUCCCCCACAGCUGGUGGCAGCACGCAAUAAGAUUGUGAAAUACCUGGCCAAAUUACUAGAAGGCUACACCACAAACUGAAACAAAAUCUCCCAGAAAAAGUACAGUUAGAAUAGCAGAAACAUGUGCCUGCAGUAAUUGUAGAUUCUCAGAAUGAUGUAUAUUUGUAAUCAAAUUAUAUCUACAUAUGCAUCAUUACAAAA